AUGGUGGCCACCGUCACACCCAACACAAAGUUCUCCCACUAUAUGGCAGCCACCGUCACACCCAACACAAAGUUAUCCCACACUAUGGCAGCCACCGUCACACCCAACACAAAGUUCUCCCACACUAUGGCAGCCACCGUCACACCCAACACAAAGUUCUCCCACUAUAUGGCAGCCACCGUCACACCCAACACAAAGUUCUCCCACUAUAUGGCAGCCACCGUCACACCCAACACAAAGUUCUCCCACUAUAUGGCAGCCACCGUCACACCCAACACAAAGUUCUCCCACUAUAUGGCAGCCACCGUCACACCCAACACAAAGUUCUCCCACUAUAUGGCAGCCACCGUCACACCCAACACAAAGUUCUCCCACUAUAUGGCAGCCACCGUCACACCCAACACAAAGUUCUCCCACUAUAUGGCAGCCACCGUCACACCCAACACAAAGUUCUCCCACUAUAUGGUGGCCACCGUCACACCCAACACAAAGUUCUCCCACUAUAUGGCAGCCACCGUCACACCCAACACAAAGUUCUCCCACUAUAUGGCAGCCACCGUCACACCCAACACAAAGUUCUCCCACUAUAUGGCAGCCACCGUCACACCCAACACAAAGUUCUCCCACUAUAUGGCAGCCACCGUCACACCCAACACAAAGUUCUCCCACUAUAUGGCAGCCACCGUCACACCCAACACAAAGUUCUCCCACUAUAUGGUGGCCAGCGUCACACCCAACACAAAGUUCUCCCACUAUAUGGCAGCCACCGUCACACCCAACACAAAGUUCUCCCACUAUAUGGCAGCCACCGUCACACCCAACACAAAGUUCUCCCACUAUAUGGCAGCCACCGUCACACCCAACACAAAGUUCUCCCACUAUAUGGUGGCCACCGUCACACCCAACACAAAGUUCUCCCACUAUAUGGCGGCCACCGUCACACCCAACACAAAGUUCUCCCACUAUAUGGUGGCCACCGUCACACCCAACACAAAGUUCUCCCACUAUAUGGCGGCCACCGUCACACCCAACACAAAGUUCUCCCACUAUAUGGUGGCCACCGUCACACCCAACACAAAGUUCUCCCACUAUAUGGUGGCCACCGUCACACCCAACACAAAGUUCUCCCACUAUAUGGUGGCCACCGUCACACCCAACACAAAAAUACACUCCAACUUCCUCAGCGUCCUGACAAGAACACAUUCAAAUUUUGCGUUAAAAUUCCUCCAGCCUGAAUUUAAUUUAAAAAGAGUUAAGUGUCGACCGUGGGAACCCGCACCGCAAGAACUCAUUGUCAACCCACAACAAAGUUCAGAGAAUAAACAGCAAAUGCAUCAAGGCUACACAAGGCCGACAACAUCAUUUCAAAUGUUCCAUACCAAGUAA